AUGCGAGUUCAGAUUCUGUAUGAAGAUCCCUUGGUUGUCAGUUUGACAGUGGCAGAAUGCUUAGUACGAAGAGUGCUCGUCGAUCCGAGUAGCAGUGCGAAUAUCAUGCCUAGAGUCACUUUUGAUUGGCUUGAAAUUAAGCCAGAGGAGCUCAAGUCUACAGGAAAUCCGUUGUUGGGUUUUGAUUGCAAACGAGUCGAACCGAUCGGCACCGUUGAAUUGGUGGUCCGAGCAGCUGAGAGGGACUUAGUCGAAAGUUUUGUGGUGAUGGAGAUCUAUACCUUCUAUAAUUUGUUGAUGGGGAGAGAAUGGAUCCAUAGGGAACCUCCCCUAGGCAUGAGCAGGGAGGAGGAGCCCACGAUGCUGACCGAAGAGCCUCUGGACAAAGUUCAAAUUGAUCAUUUGAGGCCAGACCGAGCCACAAAAGUAGGAUCGCGACUCUCAGAUGAAAAAAAAUGCCAGUUAAUUGAUUUCCUUUCUCAAAAUGCAGAUGUGUUCGCUUGGAGCCAUUCGGACAUGCCAGGGAUCAACCCUUCUGUCAGCCUUGUAAGGCAGAAGCAGAGGAGGUUCGCCCCGGAACGCAACCAGAUCAUUGCUGAGGAGGUAAACCGAUUGUUCGAAGCUGGGUUCAUUCGAGAAGUAUAA